UCGCGGCGCUCGGGAGGACGGGGGGCUCGCUUGCGGCUGGGGGCGAGACGGGCGUGGUGCUGUUCUUGGGGACUGGGAUAGUCACGAUCGGUAGGGAGGGCGUGGUUGGCGCUUCUGACGUGAUGCUGGUGCGGUUGGCUGGGACUUCUACUGCUGGUUGAGUGGCGGCGGGCGCCUUACUCUCGGCCGGCUGCUGGAUCCGUUCUUAGUGUUUGCUAUAUCGGGAAAACUAAGUCAGGGGAAACUCACCUCGUCGCUUGGAGCUGUCUGGUUGUGGGUGGGCGCGAGAGAUGGGAACUUCGAGGGUGUAUCGGGCAACGUGGAGUAAAUAGGGGUAGGAGUGACCUCGGCGUUCGCGGGCGCCGUCUGGUUCUUGGUGACCGAGAGGCUUGGGAAAGCCGGGCCCGAGUCCGGGAUGGUAGAGUAUAUCGGCGUGGGAGUGACCUCAGCGCCACCUCCUGGGGGCCCCGUCUGGUUUUUGGUCGCCGACAAUGUCGGGAACGACGCGGGCGCGGAGGGGGCGGAGGGGGCAGACUGGAUAGUCGAAUAUAUCGGCGUGGGAGUAGCCUCGGGGGCUUGGUUCUUCUCGGCGAUGCUUGUGAGCGGUUUCGAGGAGUUACGAGGUACGGCUUCCUCAUUCGGGGUCGCGGGCUCCUUCUUGGACCUGCCGCUCCCCUGUCUAGAAGGGGAGGAGACUCCAGGCGCAGUGCCGUUCAAGAUAGCGUUCUUGGACUCAUCAGGCUGGAUGAGAGCGGGCUCCGUGGGGCUAGCCUCCGCGACCGCGACGCCGGCGGGAAUAGCAUCAGCGGGCAAGACGCCAGAGUACACAACCUUAGGGGGGCCAGCAGCCGCGGUGAGGAUCUCCACCUGCGCCGGGUCCGCCCCGAGAAUCGUCUGGAUGACGGGCUGCUGCGUAAGCUGGGUGAUCUGGAACGAUUCGGAGACGACGACGGCCUGGGCGGAAUCCGUGAUAACGAUGGCGAAGCUCUCAAAGGCCGUGAUGGAGGCGCUAGGGUUCCAGUUCAGACGGCCGACGUUGUCGACUUGCACUGCAAGACAUUUUUUGGUUAACAAAUCAAGAUUCCACUUGAUAGUUGACUUUAGAUAUCUUUACCUGCAAUCUUUUCUGCAAUGACUGACAAGUCUGUCUUUCCACUGGGAACCAGAUCAAUGUUGACGGGGGCCUGUAAGCCCGCCGUCUGCCACUCAACCUCGAACUGAUGGUUUGGCAUCAACACAUCCCCGGCUCUCGGCUUCGAGAUCUGCGCGUUGCAUACAGACACGGCAGCAGCACCGACCCAAAGCCUAAACGACGUGGUAAAACGCAUCUUGUUUUCUUGUUGUUUCCUUCA